AUCCUGAAGUAUAAUUAUCUCCUGAGAGAAGUGAUGAACUCUGUAUUGUUCCAAGUCUUCCUUUCCCUACUACUGAUUCUCAACCAUUUUGCAAGCUGUAGCAGAAAGCUAACAGCUAAUGCGAGCUGCCUGGCUGAAGGAGAGUCCAUUUCCUGUGAUUGCCAAGCACCUCUCCAGAGAGGCUCAAUGGAAUGGACAGGCAACAGCUCAAAUUUUGUUUGCCCUGGAAUCAACACUGGACAAGCCAAUCUCAUUGUAUUUGCAUUGGGAGAAACGUGCUCUACAGAGGGACAAAAUGGUGCAUCAUGUGGACCUUACUUUGCAAACAUCACCUGCAAUGAUAAUGGCUACAUAUCUGUUCUCUCCUUCACUGCUAACAGCAAUAUGAAUGGUGGUACGAUUCUAUGCCAAAAACACCUAACUGGGGCAGAACCUUAUCAACAAUUCUCCAUCAGAGUAGGAGUUCGACCUUACCCACCGGCCAAAGCCAACCUGACUUUUCCGAUGAACAGAAAUCUUCGAUUGGACUGGACUCCUCCGGCAAAUCCAGUGAUUGUUGAACUACGAGGUUACCUGCUGUAUUUCUCUCCAGGUUGUGGCACCUGCUCACACUCAGAAUUAGUCAGCAAUACGACCUUCACUGCUCUAUGUAAUGAAUGGCAGGCAAAUGAACAGACUUGUGUCUUUGAGGUCAGGACAGUGACAGAAGAUUGUGGACUAGAGAGCCUUCCUCUCAGAAAAAUCAGCAUUUUUGAUGAUACACGUCCUACUAACAUCAGAGUUUCCAUACUUUGCACAGUGGAAGUGGAUCCUCGUACAAUUCAUGUGGAGUGGAGUUACAUUCCUCCCCUAGUUAUCCACCCCAGUAUGCUCCCAGAAGUCCAAGGUUUCACGCUCAUAAUAUCAGAUAACCGAACCGCUCGAAGACUGUUUCUCCCUGGUGCACAAGUUAGGGAACAUUCUUUCAACUCCUCAUUUCUCCAAGCUGCUAAUUUGACAGGAAAUGCCAACCUUAUCUGGGUAGUAGCAGAAACAGCAGCUGACAUAACUCCUAGUGAAUCAAUUCUGUUCUUGGCGGCAGAUGAGUUGAUCACUGGUAUUGACUUAAGCCAAGUGUUAACUGAGCAGUGCGUACAAAUCUCAAUCAGCAGUUUCUGUAAAAAGAGUGCAGCUUCCUUUCAAGUUCAACUCAGAUUCUCCAGGGGCUUUUGUAAGGAUAAUGCUGCAGAAACAACCAAACAAAAUUACACGCUACAGGAAAACUACAUGACCAGUAUUCCUACAGAAAACUUUUCGAAUUGCUUCUCUGUUGUAGUCUUUAAUGAUGGAAUGGAAAUUGGUGCAAGUGAUCAACAGCAACUAAUACUUUCUGAGUGUAAUACAAGCUCUAUAAAUGCCUCUGGAGUCUGGUUUAACUCAACCAUGGGUCGAGUGUCUCUAGGAGAUUCCGUCCUUCACAACACACAGCUGGAUAUUCACUGUAACCCUGAUUGCCGCAUGCCUGUCGGAGAUAACAACACUCUUUGUGUCAACGGGACCUUUGAGCCAGCUGGUGAUGCUCAGUGUGACUGCUCUCUAGAUGAGGAUAGGUUGUGGCAUAUUUUCUUCCUUGCCUCCAUUCCGUUGCAUAUAUGUCUCAUUGGUAUACUCCUAUUCGUGUGUGGUCUGUACAUAUACGAUUUUUUUGAGCCGUUCUUCACUGGUGAAUAUGAUAGCCCGAGAGUGCCCCAAUCUAGUACUCCUAAUACUAAUCGUCCUCGUCCCAAACAGAAGUUGGCCGGAUCCAGUCCUAAUAUUAAUGCUAAUCGUAGUCCCAAACAAAAGAAUUUGUCAGGAUCCAGAGCUGUACCAUCUAUACCGCAAUUGCAAAUGAAACGAACUCCUCCUACUUCUGAUGGUCUUCGUCCCGGACAAAGGAAGGUGUCUGGAUUCAAAUCUUUGAAUUUUGAAGUUCCUGUUACUAAUCGUCUUCAUCCCAAACAAAAAACAUUGUCCGGAUCAUCUAUACAAUUAGAAGAAUUGUCCGAAUCCAGUUCUGUACUACUAGAAGAAUCUAAUACUGAAUUAGACAAUCUUCAUCUCAGACAAAGAAAUUUAUCCACUAGAUCUGUACUGUUGGAAGAAGUAUCUCCUCCUAAUACUGAUGAUUCUCAUCCCAAACUAAAGACGUUGUCCGUAGAAGUAGAAGUGUAUGAUAUUGAUGAUGAUCCUCGUCCCAAAGAAGAGAAGCCGUCUGAAUCCAUACAGCUAAUACAAGUAGCUCCUGCUAAUACUGAUGAUGAUCCUCGUCCCAAAGAAGAGAAGCCGUCUGAAUCCAUACAUCUAAAAGAAGUAGCUCCUGCUAAUAUUGAUGAUGAUCUUCGUUCUCGUCCUAAACAAAAGAAGUUGUCCAAACUCCGACCAAACACUGAUCGUCCCAAACAAAAGAAGUUGUAAGUGCUGAUAUACUGAUGAUAAUCCUGGUCCCAAACUAAUGAAGUACAUGUAGUAACAACUAGAAGAUUGUGAUUAGUGAUAUUUGUAAUUAUAAUUCAUUUGUGCGCAUGCCCAGUUCCAUCUCCACCG